UCAAAUCGGUCCAUUCAUUCAACCAUACUCGGCAGGUGGUGUCUUCUCUCCUCCAUUUAACAUAAUAGAUUAUUCAUGGCGACAAGAACGUACACGUCUCACCUCGCGUGCGAUUGUGCCUGCAUGGAGGCAAAUAAAGACGCAUGUCGCCAAACAGACCCCGCCAUCUGCCUUCCUUUAGCUACACUUGCUUCUACGCAUUCUUUCGGUGCGCCUCUAACUGCUCUGCUGCUGCAGCACAGACGCACAACCUAGCCGCUCCAACAUCAUUGCCUCCUUUCCGCAUCUUUGCCGCCCAUUCCCUGACGGUCUUCCGGUUGCACACCGGCACGCACGCGCACCAUUUCUCUUGUCGCUUCGUCCAAUACGUGAUCCGUCAUGGCUUCUUCGUUGCCAAGGGACAUGAUCAAUCAUUGCCCUCUUGGCCUAUUCAACGCCACUGUGCAUAGUACACGGUCUCUAAAACCUUGAUUAUGAUACAGUACCCUUUGCCAUGGCUUGU